AUAACUUGCGCGCGCAACAGGUGGUCGUCCAAUUUCAAUUGUCAUUUGUGUCCUGUCAAAAUUUAUGGACCAUAAUGGUGUCGUGUGUGACAUAUAGUUUACGUGUUAAUAGUUUAUAUAUUACCAAGCUCAAAGUUUUUGUGUUUACACUCAGCAAAGUGUAUUUAUCAUUUACCUGUUGACCUAUGACCACCAUAUCGAUUCACAAUGAAUCUUAAAUUCUUGACCGUUUCAUUGUUUUUUUGGUUUCAAAAAUUAUCACAAGCUGACGAUUCUUACAGAAAUAGUGAUUUAGAUAAUGCCAAAUGUGAUUCAGUAGUUUGUGCAUCGAUAGUAUCGAAAUGUAUACUGAGAUCUGAUUGUAAAUGCGAUAAUAUUCACUCGAAUCGAACUUGUUCAGAAAAUUGUUCAAAAUGUUUAGAUUAUUUUUAUCAGGAUUGUUGUCUUUGUUUCGAUCUUUGUGAAUCAAAAACGAAUGAAUCGGAAAAUAUUCAACAACGUUCAAACGUUGGCCAUAUACAAGAUCCACAACCGGAUUUUUUUAAUUUACUAACCGAAUCUCCUGAUCCAUUGGAACGUUGGAAAACAAUUUCCUAUUCGUUGAUUUUGCCUAUUGAAGAAAAAGAUCUUUCAAAAGAGGAUGAGAAUUCAUCGGAACUCGAAAUGAAAUGUAUAGUUGCUUAUAUGGCUCAAUGUCUUUCGAUGAAUAAAUGCCGUUCAUCAUGUGCUUCAAUGGGAUCCACGACCUUCCGCUGGUUUCAUGAUGGAUGCUGUGAAUGUGUUGGACAAUAUUGUAAUGAAUUUGGUCUGGAUAAAUCCAAUUGUACUGCAUGUCCAUUCAUUAUAACUGGAGAUCACGAAGAUUUAUAGGGAUCCGAAGCAACUUUUAAAAUUUCAAAUAAAUUCCCAUAACAAUCUCUAUGAAUGGAUUCGUGGCUAUAUAUCAAUGUCAUAUGAUUUGUUUGUUUAAAAAUUCGAUUCGUUCAUUUUUAUAAAUUCUUGCAUAUAUAUGCCAUGAAUAGCUAGAAUUUUUUCCCUUUAUUUUUCGUUAAGAUCCAAAAAUUUAUUUUUAAAUUUCAUUUUCUUAUACAUUAUGUCCAUUAUAUACAAUGUGAUCAUACGAUCAACACCGAUAACAGCUAAUAAAGCAUCUUCAAUUCAUUUGUCAA